CCGUCGGUGCAGCCACACGGGCCUGUGUGGAGCGCUCGGCUGAACAAUUUCCGUGUUCCGUGAUAGCGCUUGCUGAAAACACUGCCGGAAGAACGUCUUUUAAAAGCGUUCGUUUCGGGGACGGGAACACACAUUUGCUGAGCAACUCUAGUCAUAAGUUGCGGUGUCACCUGGGGACUUCGCUCUGAGCGACGUUUAGACUGCAACCACUGAUGACCCUGUUGAAGAUGCAGAUAAAAGCAUAACCUCAGGAGCUACAGUUCUUGGUGUCCUAAGGACUGUGGAGAAGCUUCACAUCUCAUGAGAUUCUACAGUAUACUUUGCAGUUCAUUCCAGCUUUUGAGAGAUUAAAUCUGUCAGGACCUGCAGCAAAACAACUCCACAAAAAGAGGCACCUACAGAACAAAGAUGAAUAUCGGAAAAGCAUACAGUGCUGCUAACACCAGCAAUGGAACAGAUCUAGCUAUUGGCUUUACUUCUUCUGCAGUAGCUGUCCUUCUGUUUGGGACAAAUUUUGUGCCUGUUAAGAAGUUUGAUACUGGUGAUGGCAUGUUCUUCCAAUGGAUUCUCUGUGCCUCCAUAUGGAUGGUUUCUUUGGUGGUCAAUUUGAUCCAGAAUUGCCCCCGGUUUUGGCCUCUGGCUAUGGUUGGAGGUUUUGUGUGGGCCACAGGCAAUAUUACAGUUGUUCCUAUUGUUAAAACGAUUGGCUUAGCUCUUGGCCUUUUGAUAUGGGCUUCUUUUAAUUUGCUGACAGGUUGGGCAAGUUCAAGGUUUGGUUGGUUUGGAAUUGACCCAGAAGAGGUCUCAAGACCGAUCUUAAAUUAUAUUGGAGCUGGACUUUCACUGUUAAGUGCUGUCAUAUUUCUUUUUAUAAAAACUGAAGUCCAGAGUUCUUCAGCUUCAUUAGAAAGCACACCUUUACUGAGAGAAAGUUCUAUUAAUGUUUCUGAAGAUACCUCUGAUGACUCGUGGGUGAACAGACUUUCGCCAGCAAAAAAGAGACUCAUAGGCUGUAGCCUGGCUGUAGUAGCUGGAAUACUGUACGGUUCCAGUUUUGUACCAGUACUUUACAUCAAGGACCAUGGAAGAAGAAAUGAAACUAUAUACACAGGAGCAAGUCAGUUUGAUUUAGAUUAUGUUUUUGCACACUUCAGUGGAAUAUUUCUUACUAGUACCAUCUACUUUUUGAUCUACUGUGUAGUCAGAAAAAAUAAACCUAAUGUUUAUCCCCAAGCCAUAUUGCCAGGGUUUCUUUCUGGUGUGCUUUGGGCGAUAGCCAAUUGCUGCUGGUUCAUAGCCAAUCACUAUCUCAGUGCUGUCGUCAGCUUUCCAAUAAUUACUGCAGGGCCUGGCCUGGUUGCUGCAAUGUGGGGAGUCCUUGUAUUUAAGGAAAUCAAGGGACUGAAAAACUUCAUCUUACUGUCAAUAUCGUUUUGCAUCAUUUUGGCUGGAUCACUUUCCACAGCUUUUUCUAAAGUUUGAAAGGAUCUUCUGGACCAGUAGAUGGUGCUAAUGUUUAACACAGAUAGAAAGACAAUGGUGGUAGAUUGCAAUACAUAAUAAUUUUCAACACGUAUGUCCAACAUUUACCCUAACUUGCUUCAGACGAGUGAAGAUUAAAACCAUUUGAUAUGAAAGAAAAUAUGGAAAUGUUUGUUUCUUCAUUUCUUGGAAUAGUAAGAAUAUCAGAAGAUUUUAUUAAAUAAAGCUAAAUUAUUUUAUAAUUACAAAUUAUUGUUUUUUCUGGUACUAAACUUCAUGUCAUUAUAAAUUGCAGUUUAAUGUUGGGUUGGUGGAUAAAGGGAGUUUAAUUCAUAGUCUGUAAUACUAUAUGUAUUUGCAAGCUGACUCCUUUUGACAUUUUGUCCUACUAACUGAAAUAUAAAAUAUGUCUUGAAAUAGUCUUUAUGGAACUCAUACACGUGAAGCUAACAAAGCUUUUAUUUAGAAGCAUUAUUCUUUAAAGUCAUCAGUUUAUGUAAAAAUGUUGUCUUCC